GCAUUAAUUGUGCUUUUAACAUGCCAAAUCAUAAUUUGCUAUAGCCUAUAGAUUAAUAGUCCCUAAUGUGUUAGCCUACCUGAACCUCUAGAACCUCUAGUUCUACCUCUAGAACUUUUUUUUCCCCCGACUAUGUUUAAUUAUUCUUGUGCAGCAUCUAUUUUUGGCGUCACUUUGACAUCCGUUUUUUAUUGAACAGAUAUGGCUGUGGUUUUGGUCAAAUCCAGAAACUAAAGGAAUGGUUGGCAUAUGGAAUUAAGAUUGGAGUCAGGAGGGUCAGGAUUCUUGUUUGUCUAUCGCUUCGCGAUUGGCAGAGGCAACGAAAGGGGCGUCGCGUCGUGGCUUGGAAGGGUGACGUCAAUGGAGCUGUUCAAAGUGUGGAGUGCUGGAAAAGAGAUUCAAGCAGUCUGGCGGCGGAAGGCAGGCAACUCAUACGCACUAGAAGUUCACACCUUCAGAAAGGAGAAAAAUACGGUACAAGUGCUCCAUCUGUUUGCAACCAACCUCUGUGAACCUGUUCAGGUUGGAAUUGUGGAUCAUAAGGUUCCAUGGGUCGGUGGUCAGUUUGUCUCCUCUCCAUGACGACCUCCAGCAGCAGAUUGUAGUGCCUCGCAUCUUCGUCUCAGAGGGUGCGGGAACCCAGACCCUGGGAAGCACAGUCCCCCACAGGGAGCGGCGGGAGAAUCAUGUGACAGAGGCUUCUCCAUCAAGGGGGGGCGGGGCCUAUUUUUCAGUUCUUUUGCGUUCGCGUUCGGGUUAGGUUUCUCGGGGCCGAACAUGGUCCUCCACACGCGCCUUUUCCCCAGCGCCUCGCUGCGCUUCCUGAACGACCUGUCCUGGGCGCUCAUCCACCCCUGCUAUUGGCUGCUGGACCACCUGGUGGCGUCCUUCCUGACCACCACGCAGGAGCAGCGGCAGUGCACGCAGGACCCCUGCGCCUCCCUGACGCCGUGCGUGCUGCUCGUCACCCCGCUCUACCUCCUGCUGGCGGUCGUCUGGCUCCCCGUCGCCCUGCUGGGCUUCCUGGUGUGGGCGCCGCUGCAGGCCGUGCGCCGGCCCUACGCCUACGGCCACCGGAGGACGGGCCGGGCGGAAAAGGGCUGGGGCGAGUGGAAGGCGCCGGGGCGGAGGAGCUUCGGCUUCGCCAGCGCCAACGUGUGCCUGCUGCCGGACUCGCUGGCGCGCUUCAACAACCUGGCCGACACCCAGGGCCGCGCCUGCGAGCUGGGCCGGCGCAUUUUCUGCGGCGUCAGCCGGCCCCGGAUCAGGAUCUACGUCGACUCGCCCACCAGCUCCUCCGUCUGCACCACUUCCUCCCAGACCUUCUCCUUAGAUAACAAACCCGAUGUGAAUGGGAGGGAGGAUGAACUGGAAGGUGGGGUUGAGCCUGGGCUGCAGAACAAGGAAUGCGUACCCCUGACGGGGCAACACGCCGUUCAUGGCUGCCCUUUACACUCCACGGGGCCACCAGUCUCUGACUGCCGCCUGCACUCUACGGGGCAUCACACCUUCCCUGACUGCCCCUUAUACUCCACCAGGCAACCCAACUUUGACUGUCCCUUACACUCCACAGGGCACCCCAACUUUUACUGUCCCUUACACUCCACAGGGCACCCCAACUUUGACUGCCCCUUACACUACAAAGGGCAACCCAUCCCCGAUUGCCCCUUACACUCCACAGGGCAACCCAUCUCUGAUUGCCCCUUACACUCCACAGGGCAACCCAUUCCAGAUUGCCUCUUACACUCCACAGGGCAACCCAUCCCAGAUUGCCCCUUGCACUCCACAGGGCAACCCAUCCUUGAUUGCCCCUUACACUCCACAGGGCAACCCAUCACCGAUUGCUCCUUACACUCCACAGGGCAACCCAUCCCAGAUUGCCCCUUGCACUCCACAGGGCAACCCAUACCUGAUUGUCUCUUACACUUGACAGAGCAACACACUCUCCCUGAUUGCCCUUUACACUCCAGAAGGCAACAUGCCGUCCCUUUUUGCCCCCUACACUCCAUAGCGCAACCUCCCCACCCAGAUUGUCCUGUGCAUUCCACAGAACAGCCGACCACUCCUGAUUGUGCUCUACAUCCUUCAGGUGAACAGACCCUUCCUGACUGCCACUUACACUCACUUAUAGGGCAACAGACUCUCCCCGACUGUACUCUACAUUCUCCCAUAGGGCAGCAGACGCCCCCCGAUUGUCCCCUGCAGUCGGCUGGGGUCCAGAUUAGUAUCAGUGAUCCAGGGUCUGCACCCAAGGGGGUAAAUUCAGUGCCGUGUGACAGUUGCGUCACACCUCAAGAAUCCCUGACAGGCCUCCACAGAGGCAACAAGGACAAGUCUAACGGCUCCCCGUCCGACCACGCCCCGGAGCUUAAAAAGUGCGCCAGACCCAGGAAACGCUCAGUCGGCGACGGCUUGGACCACGAGGUCUCCGCCUUCUUCCCCGCCAACCUGGACUUCCUGUGCCUGCAGGAAGUGUUCGACAGGCAGGCGGCGGUCAAGCUGAAGCAGCAGCUGCACCACUACUUCCCGUUCAUUUUGAGCGACGUGGGGCGCUACGCCUGGAAGGGGUGCUGCUCCCAGUUUAAGUUCCUCAACAGCGGCCUCAUGCUGGCCAGCCAGUACCCCAUCCUGGACGCGGACUAUCACUGUUUCCCCAACGGCCGCGGCGAGGACGCUCUGGCUGCCAAGGGAGUCCUCUUUGCCAAGGUACAGGUGGGCAAAUCCUCUCAAGGUAAAAGCAUUGUGGGAUACAUCGCCUGCACUCAUCUACACUCCAUUGAAGGAGACUCUGUGGUUCGCUGUGAGCAACUAAAUAUGCUGCUGGAGUAUGGGGCAUAUUUCAGAAAAGCAACCAAACGUCAGAAGGACCAGGUUGCUUUUGAAGUCCUUCUGGGGGACUUGAAUUUCGACAACUGCUCCUCAGAGGAUAAGCUGGAGCAGCAACACAUUCUGUUCUCUCACUAUAAAGACCCGUGUCGCGUGGGACCUGGGGAGGAUCAGCCGUGGGCCCUGGGUACGCUGCUAGAGAUCAAUGGGCUCUACGAUGAGGAGGUCUGCACACCAGAAAGAAUGCAGAAGGUGAUGGAGAAUGAGGAGGGGAGGAAUGAGUACCUGGCUUACCCCCCUGGUAAGAAACACUGCUUCGAUCAGGAGGGCCAGGCGAUACCACUCAAGGGCAAUGGGAGGAGGAUCGACUACAUCCUUUACAGUGAGGAGGGGCUGCAGCAAGACUGGAAAGUGGGUGUAGAGGAGUACAGCUUUAUCACACAGCUGGCAGGACUCACUGACCACCUGGCCGUUGCCAUGCGACUUGCUGUCUCCAUGGGGGAGGAGGAGCUGUAGGCUGAGGGGAACAGAAAGACGAGGAUGUGAAGGGAGAAAGAGUACUUCCUGGCCAUAAAACUGCUGCACUGCAUCCAAGAAGAGGACAUCUUAUGUCUUUAGAUCAUCUUUCUUUCCCUUAUGUUUUGUAAGGGGCACAAGGAAAUUCUUAACCAAAGCUUUCUGGCUCGUUUUGUUUUUGGAUUUACCCAAAUCAGCAGGAAUGGAAUUUUUUCUACCAUGAUAAAGGCUAAGGGAGAAAACAGGGCUGGGUAGAAUCAGAAGAGAUCUCCCAGAAUACCCUGGUGUUUCCUCCUCUCUGUUCCACCCUGCUCUCACAUCUGAGCCCGCCCUGUGCCUCCACUUUCGCCACAGUGUCUAUCUCCACAGGAUUAAAUGUUUUUACAGGUGUAGUAGCUACAGAACCUUUUGGAGUUAAUAUGCUUGCCUUACAAACACAUGCUAAAAUAUUUAAUUUUACACGUGUUUGGAACAUACACCAUGUGUGGAUACUCACAGAUGAUGUCUGAAGAGGACCAUUUUGCUUUGAGCGGUUUCCAUGGUGGGGAAGCACACCAUGAGGUGUGUCAGCCCAAGUGAGGACAGCUUAGAAUAUUAUUGGACUGCCAGGGGAGGUCUUAUUUACUCUACAAUUCCCGUUGUUCAUGGUCAUGGUUUUUGAAGAGAGUAAAUUUCAGGCAGUCCCUUUUCAUGCCUGUAGGGGGAGUUGUGGUGUAGUAUUUACUCACUGAAGCAAAAGUUUACACUUACAGAUGUUUGCUUCACAGGCAUCCUGAAUACAGACUCACCCUCGACCUUUCCGUUUUUACACUAUUAUAAUUAUUUUUAUUUUUAUCUGUCUUCUUAUUAUUAUUAUUAUUAUUAUUAUUUGUUGCAAAUGAUGUUUUAAGAAUUAUUUUCAAUUGUCCAUUAUGUUCAUGUAGUGGCAGAGAGAGUAUGCCAUGAUGCCAGUAUCACAGAGAAUUAUGACACAAAGUCUUUGCUUUUAGAGUGACACAUCCUCCUAUUGAUGAACAAGGGAGAUUAAGAUCUUUUUGUAUUUGAUCUCCAUACAUCCUGACUAUUGAGGUAUACAAGAACUGGAGAAAGUUUUAGCUUGCCGGUUCCAUGGAUUCCUAUGGGAGCUGCUCAAAGGCACAUGAAGCCAGUUCAUGGAGGCUGCCAUGUUUGACUAUGGGGAUUUAUUGGUGCCAGAGCAUGCACACUGGAAACCUAAAUGGGAAGGGACGAAUAGGAAUUUAAAAAAAUUACUAUUGAAUAUCUACUUCCGCGUGGCUCAGAAAAAAAUGGUCCCUGGAGAGUAAUUAGUUCAUUAUGAAGAAAUUUUAGAAUUUAAAAGUACUGUCCAAAACAGUAUAAUUUCACCUAGGUAAAUUCACAGUUUUGAAUGGACUUCAACAGGGAAAUUAAACUGCAAUACCUAUAGUAACCACUGGAGUUUGCGAGCUUCAGUGGGAAUAUCAAUCCCUGGUCCCCUGAUACUGACAGCCACAGGUAAAACCAAAGAUGGUGGAGGGCAUGACACAGUGGAAAGUUUUAGUUUAAGUGUAUGUUUUUGAUUGGCCCAGUGCAAUGAAGAGAGUUUUUGACACAUACGUUUCUGACAAUCAGCCAAGUUUAAAAAUGGCAGGUAUGUGGGCAUUUGGGCAUUAUAGUUUGAAGUAAGAAAGUUAAUCUCAAUCAAUUCCAAAAAGUAGCUUGUUACAGCAAUUUUAUGUUCCAGAAGUGGCAUAUUUGAACAGAUUUUUUUUUUCAUCAUUUAUUUUUAAUUUUCGUCUGCCUUUUUCUGGCACUCUAUUGAAGUUUAUGAAUAUUUAUGAAGAAGUGUGCCUAUGGUUAGAACAUGCAUUGCCAACAGUUUUGUUCUUGGUCAUAUUUUUUCAUGAGAAUUAAAGACCUUGAGCAAUCUUUUAAAUACAAAAAAGUAUUAUUUUUGAACAGAAGUGCUGAAAGGCUAAGGGGGUAUGCCCCUUCUGUAAUGAAUACUCACAUGAUCAGGUUUCCUAUACAGCAGCUAAAAGAACUUGCAUUAUUGUUUAGUUUGCUGGGUUUCAGAACAUAGAGAUCUAUUACUGGAAAACAUGGAGAUCUACAAUUGUUACAUCAAUAACACUGAAACCAACCCGAUCUAUGGUAGGAUUGGAGCCCUACUGCCAUAAACAAGCGGAUACUAGUUAAUCACAGAGCUAGGAUCACUGCUGCUUCCAGAGUGGGAUCUGAAGCUGUCAUUUGGGUGGAUCAACAUGUGUUAGAAUGGUGACUGUCUGGGUAGCUAGCUUUCUAGGUUAGCAAGAUUUUGAUAAAUAGUAAUUCUGUCAGAUUUCCAGAAAAGUUUCCACUAUCAAAAAACAAGCUCAGUAGUGUGCAAGUUAGCUAAUGUAAUUUAUUCUGAUAAUGAAUCUGGUUGAAUCAUACCAUACCGUCUUUUCGAAUCUUGGUGGCAUUGCUUUGUUGCUCACCGUGUACACAGCAUAGGACUAGCUUGCUAACUUAGCUUGUUAUGCCAUCUGAAUAAUGACAGCUAUUUUAAAAUGACACUUACAUAUUGACAUUCCCACACAGCCAUUUAUACAUGCAAUCAUGUACUGGUACAAGUUAGUACUGGUCAAGUGUCAAGCAGGCGCAUAUUUGUAUAAUAGGCAAGUUUUUCCAUCACUGGUGACUGGUGAAAGAAAAUGUUUACGCAAUUCAACUUCGUGAUGACAUCAUUAAUAAUAUCUUCAAAGACCUAUACCAGAUCCUCCCGCAGUGGGCAGUAUAGAACCUUUUUUUUUUGCUUCCAAGAUAAAUAAAGCUUUCAAAAUCUUGACAUAAUAACAAAUUCUUAAUAUAUUAU